AUGAAGAACUCAACACUGGGCAAAAUUAGAGCAUAUUGGCUAGCAAGCGUGGUUUGCGGUGUCCUAACCCUUAAAUCCUUCGUUCAUGAUCUCCAAUAUUCUACCGAUCAUGCAACUCGUGUGAGCUCUCUUGCCGUCGGCCUGCAGCAAGCAGGUGCUUUUGUGACAUGUUUCUUUAUAUGGCUUGUUGCGGAUCGCAUUGGAAGCAAACUUUUAUUGCAAAUUUCGGCGUCUAUAUUCAUUGUUGGUGCUGUUAUGGAAACGGUCAAUUCUCAUAGUAUGGCGGUGUUUUAUGUGGGAAGAGUUAUUGUAGGCGUAGGUCUUGGGGCUGCGAGUGUAGUUGUACCGAUGUUUAAUGCGGAGAUGACGCCAAAGGAGUUGAGAGGACAGAUUGGGAGUUUUUUUCAGUGGUUUUAUACUUUUGGAAUUUUUACUUCGUACUGGGUUGAUUAUGCCAUGGCUGAAGUGGUUUCCUCUGUAUCUAGACAAUGGCAAAUACCGAUUGGUCUCCAAAUCAUCCCCGCUGGUAUUCUCGCCACGAUUGAAGAAAUGGAGGAGAUUCGUGCUGGUGUUGAAAUGGAACAGACAGAUACUAUAGGAUUUCGUAUCAAGGAACUUGGCGGAAGAGAUAACUUUAAACGAAUGUUCACAGCCUCCGCAAUCUUCGCAACUCAACAAGCUACCGGAGCAACAGCAUUUGCCUACUACGGACCUGAAUAUUUUAAACUCGUCGGAGGUGGGAAUAAGGACUUGCUGCUAACCGCCAUCUUUGGUGCAAUUAAAAUCGUCGCCUGCGGAUUAUUCGUGCUCUUCCUCUCCAAUCGUAUAGGUCGACGAGCGGCUUUGAUCGGAGGGGUCAUCUUCAUGGGCGCUUGUCAGAUCACAACUGCGGUUGUCGUCAAAGAACUUCCAGCUUCUAAAACUGCAGGUGUUAUAAGUAGUGGUAUUGCGACGGUGGCUCUUAUCUAUAUUUUUGUUAUUGCAUACAAUCUUUCGUUCUUCCCCACGAGAACCAGAGAACCGGGCGGUGGUACAUUCUUACUUUGGGGUCUCUUCGAUGCUAUUAUUGCUAUUGUAUCUUUCUUCUUCCCGCGAGAAACACAAGGAUUGAGUCUUGAGGAAAUUGCACAUAAUGAUUAUGGGAGGGCAGCGACGUUCAAAGAGGAUGCUGAAUUAGUAGAGCAUGGACUCACGAACAAUUAUAGUUCUGCGUCUAAAUAA